AUGGCCUCCAACAGCAAGCCCUCCGCCCCCUACGCGCAGCAGAUCACCGUCAGCAUCCUCCCCGACGGCCGCACCCUCACCUUCUCCGACGGCUUCACGUACGCCUUCGACAACGUGGAGCUCCUCAACGAGGCCCGCCGUGUCUUCUUCCUCCCCCGCGGCGCCAACGCCGCCGAGUACCCCGAGUUCAACCGGCAUCUCGCGGGCGUGGGCGACGCCAUGAUGAAGGGCAUCUGCAAGUCGCAGUGGUACAAGAACAAGGACAAUGGCAGAGCCUGGGACGAUCGGUUCCAAUAUGGGAUCGCCAUGAAUUCGUUCUUGAACCACAUGGCGGAGGUGACGGGCGUGGAGGACUUCAUCAUGCUGAAGGACGGGGAGCCGGGGCGGUGGUGCCAGGUUGGGCUGGCGAAGAAGGAUGGCGCGGACACGAUCGAGGCCAUCAUUGGCGCGGUGUGGGAGGACUGCAGUGAUGUGGUGACGACGAAGGAGGUGAUGAUGCGGUUGGGGGUGCACUACCCGGAGAGAGGCGAAGAUGCCAACAAGAUGGACGACUGGCUGGAUGUGAAGCGCAAGCUGAAGAUAAUCGGAUAG